AUGGUGGCAACGGGUGUCUUGAAGCGGGGUCUUCCUUCCUUGAAACAAGACCCUACAGCUAGUGCAACUAGCGGAUCAUCAAAUUCCAAAGCUACUUUUGCGGUUCCAACUAUUACUCCUCCUUCCAUAGCAGGAAAUCCACACAUUUUGGGGUCGUCAAGACCAUCAGGAACUGUUUUCAUCGCGGUCGGAUCAAUCGUUGGGUUCAUUUUGGCAGCAAUCGUGACUACGUAUGUUGUUUCGGCUUACAUUUCGCACUCAAACGCUAAAAAACAGCGCUAUAUUUCAAUUGAUAAUGAGUUCAACGCACAUGUUAAUGGAGGCUCAGGCAGAGAUGCGUAUGACUCGGAAAAAAGCCAGUUUUUCUCAGACCGAUUGACGCCUCCAUUGCGCUCAAACCACAAUAUGGUCAGACUACUCGACUCGCAAAACAAUAGCAGUAAAGUGUCACAGGUCUCCACAAACCGGGACGAAAUGAGCGAGCUACCACAGGAGCCAUACUCUACGCUCCAGGGCUCCGCAGCAGUACCAAAUCGCAGAUCGCUAUUCAUCUCACCCACGGUGGAGGUGGUAAACCAGCAAAGGAGAAAUAUGAUGAUUCCGAACCCAGCCGCUUCAUCGUCGUCUUUAGUAUCCGAGCCAAGCCCCGAGCUGAAUCGUCCUGAGAGAGCUGCGUCCCCAGAGCGCAAGAAAGGGCAGCAGACCAGACAAAAAUCAAAUUUGAGCACCAGCGUCGCAUCGUCAUCUAAUAAGAGGAAUUCUCUAUCUCCGGUAACUUCCCAAGCACGCGAAGUUCCCUUACAAAGGCCCAAUGCGCCAUCAAUGUAUCUUGAAAAGUUACUUGACGACGAUUGA